CAAAAUCUGCUCAUGUCAGAAUGUCCACCCCUGCAGACGCUAUUGGCCCAUUCAUCGUGGAACGUUGGCUGCAUCCAAAGUCGACUGGCAUUGGCUACCAUAUUGAAACCCUCGAAACAGUUUCCAUAAAAACAGAGAGGGCCAGUUCUGACUUGGCCUUGGAAGCAUCCGCCCUGCAAGCCCUUUCUGGCGGUAUUGGAUUCCCGACUCUUUACUGGUUUGGAACGGCCUUUGGCAAACAGGUUAUGAUUACUGAAGAGGCCGGCGAGUCCCUUGAAGUAAUUUUCAAUCAGUGUGACCGACACUUCGACAUGCAAAUUCUGCUUGGAUUUGCAUGCCAAUUGAUUUUCCGUCUAGAAUGGAUGCACUCUCAUCACAUAUCACAUGGAAACCUCAGCCCGUCCUCUUUCACGGUCGGUCCUUCACCGUGGCAAACCCUACAAAUAACGGUCAGUAGUUUUGAAAAUGCCGAUUUAUCGCAUUUCUCGGCCCGAAAAGACCUAGAGGCCGUGGGGAAUGUUCUCCUCUACUUUGCUACGGGGUCUGUGUCCUGGGACGAGUUCAAGGCUUCUGAGCAAAAUGCCACAGAUUUCCUACCCAUGCUGAAUGGUUAUUAUGCAGCAAUUUCAUCGGGUGUAUUGAACCCCGCUGAUUAUGGUCUGCUUCGGUGCCAUUUUCUUGCCGCGUGCCAAAGUCUUCCAAAGGGAUCGCUCCUUGGCGGACUUUCUCCCCUGAAGAAAAAUUUGAGCUUGAAGGAGCUGUCGGGUAAAACUACCGGCGAUUUGUUUGACAGCCUCGGAGAGAAGAUGUCAGUCGUCGGGCAAAGAGCCGGCGAUGUGACCUCCUCAUGGACACAAGAACAGGAGACCUAUAUUAUAGGGGCCUUGGACGAGAUCAUGGCAAUUUUCAUGAUCCUUCUGAUGCGAGAUAGACCAUCACACUCGCGCCAACAGCAUUUAAUGGGCGCCUAUCAUCUUCCAAACCGGCUUUGGAGAGACAUUCGUUGGUACCUGCGUAUGGCAAGCUGUGGCUCCGUUUCAUUCCAGCGUCUCAUUACGCUUCGCAUUUAUAAAUUCAUGGGAGUUUUGCUCGAAGUGAUUCCUCUCUACAACAGGUACUGGACCAUGUAUCUAUCGGAGCUUGCAUAUGCACAGACAGCCCUUGACCUGGAGUCCUCCUCUACAUGGAGGCAAGCUUGGAUAUACUGGAAAGAUCGUGCCAACUUCUUGAAUAAACGCAAAUGGAAUGACGCUGCGCAUGGCAUUUUAGGAUAG